AUGCUCCAAUGCGGUCGAUUAUUCUGGCGACCUGCUAGGACAGGUCUGGGCAGGGCUCUACGACCUGUUCAUUCUGCCGCGGGCGACUCCGGUCUAUCACCAGUCCUGCUCACGCGCGCGCGACUUCUCGCCGAUGAACACGCCAAACUCUCCCUCAAGCUAGCAGAGGCCUUUGAUGCCAAGAUCGCCAAACGCGCCGGCGAAAUCGCCCCCGUCACGCAAGUCCUGCAAGAAUGGGAUACCGCCCAUGAAUCCAUCACCGAACUCAAAGCCCUCCUGGAACAGCCCGAAACCGACGAAGAACUACGGACUCUGGCGAUUGAAGAUCUGCAAUCCAGUCAUGACUCGUUGCCGACCAUCUCUGAUCGGCUCAAGAAGGCCUUGAUCCCUCGGCAUCCCUUUGCAGAUCUCCCAUGUCUGGUGGAAAUCCGGCCGGGAGCGGGAGGCGACGAGGCGGGCCUCUUCGCCUUUGAGUUGAUGCGCAUGUACACAUCUUUCUGCUCGCGACAAGGUCUGCGCCCUACGAUCCUGAAGCAGGAAGUCGAGGACGGGACGUCCGAGGACCGUCUCACUGAAGCCGUCAUCGAGAUCGAAGCCGACGGGGCCUACGAUAUCCUCCGGACCGAGUCGGGAGUGCACCGCGUCCAGCGGGUGCCCGCCACAGAGACCAAAGGCCGAACGCAUACCAGUGCCGUCAGCGUCAUGGUCCUGCCGAGUUUCCCAGAAAGUGGCAGUAGCGCCACGGACAAUGCUUUGAAUUUCGAAGAUCCCACGAGUGAUUACUACAUUGAUCCGCAAGAAGUGCGAGUAGAGAAGAUGAGAGCAAGUGGUGCGGGUGGUCAACACGUCAACAAGACCGAGUCGGCGAUCCGAUUGACGCAUAUCCCCACGGGCACCGUGGUGUCGAUGCAAGAUGAACGCUCGCAACAAUCGAAUCGACGCAAAGCGUGGCAGGUGCUUCGUGCCAAACUCGCCGAAGCGCGUCAGGAAGCACGGGAGCAAGAGUUGGUUCAGCUGCGCCGAGGCGCCAUGGGCGGAGUGGCGCGCAUGGGCCGGGGGGACAAGAUCCGCACGUACAACUUUGGACAAAGUCGCUGUACCGACCACCGGAGCGGAAUCACCAUUCACAAUCUGGAUGGCGUCCUGGACGGUGGAGAUGGCCUAGAGACUGUCAUGGAAAGCGUGCGCACAUGGAUGGCUGACCGCGAAGUAGAAGGUAUGCUGGCGGAAGAGAUGGCCAAGGAGGAGCAGAUGAAGGGGAAGAAGAGCAACAAUUGA